AUGGCAGGAAGGGGUAACGCGGACCAGGAAGGCAAUCAGGAGAAUAUUUGCAUGAGGAACCUAAAUCCGCGUAGAUCUUUCUCAUCAUCUUCUUUGAGGAGGGAGCUUGGGUCUACGCAUUUUGAUUCACUCACAUCCCUUAAUAGUAACACGGAGAGUGCACAACAAGCUGCUGAUAUUAACGUGCCGGGGACUUCGAGAUCAAGAAGACAGGUAUUGGAGGAUAUAGAAGAGGAAAACAAAAAGAUGUUGGAGAAUAAGAAGGGGAAAAGGAACGACCCAUUUAAUUGGGGGGAAGUAGGGAAUGAACUCGCAGCCAGGGUCAAGGAAGAGUAUAAAAGAUCUAGGGAAAACCGUGAACAACAAAUCUCCGAAUGGGAAAAUAGGAACAGAGGUAUUAGAAGGAGCACUCCGGAUCUUUCUAAGGAUUCAGACGACCCCUUCUUCUCGUUCGGAGACUCUACCAAGAAGGACAAACCUUCAGGUAACCCGGCUUUAGAGUCAAUCAAGGAAGCAAAAAGGAAAAGGAUGGAAAAGGAAAUAAAGAGGAAGGAUAUGGAAAAUGAAAAGAGCCGACUUUAUGCCAUAGCCAAGGAAGAGAGGAGGCUAAGGGAAGAGGAUAUGUACCCUCCUCCACCUUACAACAAGUAUGCUCACUACAUUCCGGAUAGCAUGUAUGAGGAGUUACAAUUGAAGAGGCUUUUGCACGGCUUGUACACAACUUCGGAUCCAGAGGAUACCAGGAGAAGAAAAAGGGUAUAUCCCAUUCUACCGGAGGAGGACUAUUCUUACGUACAGACCCAGGAUCUUAGACACUGGAUCAAUGACGAAGUGUCAAGGGAGAGGCGUUCAGAGGAAAAAGUAUCCGGUGCAGAUGACAGUAUAAGAAAAAGGCCACAAAUGCCUACUCCAAGAACAAGGGAUAGAAUUGGUGAAGAUUUAUCAAGCACGGACGAAGAACCGUUAAAAACAUACAGCAUACAAAGACGACCGAUGAGGCUCAGGGGAGGGAAAAGCGGUAGCAGUGACAGUGAUAUGUCAAUCACCAGUGAUGGGGAACUGCCACCAAACAUGAGGAUGACACCAAGUGGAAUGCUAGUAAGAAAACGAGCGGAGAAAACACCGGAAAAGGAAGCAAAUAACGAUACAGAUUUAGCAGUAAGGAAAAAAAUGAAGGAGAACGAAGAACACUAG